AUGUGCGAGGUGGGCACUCGCCCUGCGCUCCCCGCCGGGGACCGGAGCGGAGGAGAGACCCCGCCGGCCAGCGCGCUGUCGCCGCCCCCGCUGCCGCCGGGCGAGAAGUGCCGCGAGAUGGGAGAGCAGCCCAUCUUCACCACCAGAGCACAUGUCUUCCAAAUUGACCCCACCACCAAGAAGAACUGGGUUCCUGCAAGCAAGCAGGCUGUAACUGUUUCCUACUUCUAUGACAGCACAAGAAACAGCUAUCGGAUAAUCAGUGUGGAUGGAGCCAAGGUAAUUAUAAAUAGCACAAUCACACCUAACAUGACCUUUACUAAAACGUCACAGAAGUUUGGUCAGUGGGCAGAUAGCAGAGCAAACACUGUGUUUGGCCUGGGAUUUUCUUCUGAACAGCAGCUGUCAAAGUUUGCAGAGAAAUUUCAAGAAGUCAAAGAAGCUGCCAGGCUUGCCCGAGACAGAUCGCAAGAAAAAACAGAGACCUCUAGUAACCAUUCCCAGGAAUCUGGCCGUGAAACUCCAUGUUCUACUCGGGCAUCCAGUGUGAAUGGGACGGAUGAUGAGAAGGCAUCACAUGGCACCCCUUCAGAUGCGCAACUGAAAACGGAGAAUGACAAACUGAAACUAGCGCUAGCCCAAAGCUCCUCCAAUGUAAAGAAAUGGGAAACAGAACUGCAGACUCUUCGGGAGAGCAACGCCCGGCUGACUUCCGCGCUGCAAGAAUCUGCUGCCAGCAUAGAGCACUGGAAAACCCAGUUUUCCAUUUGCAAAGAAGAGAAUGAUCAGCUUCGGAGCAAGAUUGAGGAGCUGGAAGAGCAGUGCAGUGAGAUAGAUAAGGAGAGAGAGCGAAACGUGCAACUCAGCAGACGUCUCCAGGAGCUGGAAACAGAACUUCAAGACAAGGAACUGGAACUGGAAGAUCUUCGGAAACAGGGUGAAGUCAUACCACAGCUCAUGCAAGAAUGUGAAUCAGUGUCUCAGAAACUGCAGGUCGCUGAAAACAGGAAUAAAGACCUCGAGGAGAAAGUCAGAGCUCUACAGAUGGAUGUGGAAGAGAGCAGACACAGACAAAACAACCUUAAGACUGAUUUACAGACUUUUUUAGAUGUACUAGAUGGAAAGAUCGAUGAACUACAUGAUUUUCGGCAAGGACUAUCUAAACUGGGUAUUGACAGCUAGAGGGGGAAAAUUUGUAAGUUGAACAUGGGGGUGUGUUGUUUAACCUGAAUUGUCUCUUUCCCAAAAGGCAACUAGAAUAUUCUUCUUGUUUGCAAUGCAAUUUGUAUAUAGAAGUAUAAUCCAUUUCCCCCUUUUUUUCUUUCAAAAAUUGCUGUUCACUCCCCCCCCCUUUUUUUUUAAAUGAGCAUAGGAAAUUGUUUUUUGGUCUUCUGGCCUUUGAGGAUUUAUAUAGCAGUUCGGGAGGAUCUUGCCUGAGAAAAAUGGAAGUUGAUCUAUGUUAAAAUGAAUAUGCAGUUUAGUUGCAGGGAAAUCUUUUCUGUCUUAAGGGCUGCUGGUGCUGCAACCAUAGAAACAGAAAGCAAGUCUUCUCCCCCCAGCCCCUCCUGAUCUUGAUUCUCAAGCCCCCAUGCUGUUCUCAACCCUCUUUUUGUGAAGCAGACUGCAGGGAAGGUGAGGCAAGGUUUCUGGCAGGGUGUCAGCGGGCUUGGAGGGAAAUGUCUUCACAACAGCAGCCAUUGGCAAGUUCCAAGUGACCACUGCCUCAGAUGCUCAUACCUGUAGGAACUGAUCAGUGAGAUCUAAUUUGAAGAAACAAGUCCGUGGGCUUGUAAUAUCCAGGAGGCCUCUUCUGUGGAAUUCACCAGGUUUAAUAAAUGGGCAGACUACAGUAU